AGCGUCACUGCAGAUGUUCAUUCAUUCCUCUUCAAACUGAAAGCACCAUCAGAAGAGUUGUAAAGUGUUCCGAGCAGCGUCUGAAGCACCUGACUGAAACUAUAGGCUGCGUUUCAUGAAUGAGGGAUCACGCAUCGCUCUGCACUCUUUAGCCUCAUUUUAUUUUCCAUCAGAUUUGGAGGAACUGAGCCGGAUCGCAGCUGUACAGCUGUGCACACACUGGACGGAUCUUCUCUAAAAGCGGAAGAGUUGUGAUAGAGUUUUACAGAAGAGCAGCAGCACCAUGGAUUACUUUUUAUUUCGACUCUUCUGUUCUUUGGCUUUGUCGCCGCUUCUAGUUCAAAGGGCAGAUUCAAAUGAGAUCCUGGGACUAAAGAUCCCCUUUGACCCUAUUCUCAACGCCAACACAGUGUGCUUGACUCUGCCCGGACUGACAAAGAAACAGCUGGAUGUGUGUAUGAGACAUCCAGAUGUGACAGCCUCUGCCAUACAGGGGAUCCAGAUUGCCAUCCAUGAGUGCCAGCAUCAGUUCAGAGGACAUCGUUGGAACUGUUCCAGCCUGGAGACCAGGAACAAGAUCCCCUACGAGAGUGUUGUCUUCAGCAGGGGUUUUAGAGAAAGCGCAUUUGCUUACGCCAUCGCGGCGGCUGGCGUGGUGCAUGCUGUGUCCAACGCCUGCGCCAUGGGCAAACUGAAGGCCUGUGGCUGUGAUGAGAAACGGCGAGGGGAUGAGGAGGCAUUCAGAGUGAAACUUAACCGUCUGCAGCUGGAGGCCAUCAACCGGGGAAAAGGGAUGGUCCAUGGGGUGAUGGAACACUUCCCCGCCGAUGCUCUUGGCCCCCAGGACUCCUGGGAAUGGGGCGGCUGCAGUCCCAAUGUGGAAUUUGGGGAACGCUUCUCCAAGGAGUUCCUGGACUCCCGCGAGAUGUACAGGGACAUUCACUCCAGGAUGAGACUUCAUAACAACAAAAUUGGCAGGCAGGUUGUGGUGGACCACAUGAGGAGGAAAUGUAAAUGCCACGGGACAUCGGGAAGUUGUCAGCUCAAAACCUGCUGGCAGGUGACUCCAGAGUUCAGAACGGUGGGCUCAUUGCUGAAGGAACACUUUAAUAUUGCCACAUUAAUCAAAGCACAUAACAGAAACACAGGUCAGAUGGAGCAUGCCAACCCCACACAUCGACGAAGAGCCAAUGCAAAUGAUCUGAUCUACUUUGAAAAGUCGCCGGAUUUCUGUGAGAGGGACCCAAGGUCAGACUCUGCAGGGACACAGGGGCGGAUCUGUAACAAGACCAGCCAGGGCAUGGAUAACUGUGAGAGCCUGUGCUGUGGGCGGGGCCACAACAUCUUACAGCAAACUCGCAGCGAACGUUGCAAUUGCAAGUUCCAUUGGUGCUGUUAUGUCGUGUGCGAGGAGUGCCGGAUAACAGAAUGGGUCAGCGUCUGCAAAUGAAAUAAGCAAUAAUCUAUUAACUGUGUUAACGUGAACGUUAAACAUAGGGAAAGACUGAUAAACCCCUCCCUUUUGCAAUGAACAGCCAUUUCCGUGAUAAGAAUGGAAAGCACAAAUGUGGACUAAAAUGAAUUCAGUGCUAGAUAAGUGUGUGCGUCCCUGCACACUGCAUGGGUCCAAGCACAAUAUUUCAGACUAAUUUAGGACUUGCACUGCAUAUAAUUUCAGUAAGUAUUUUUAAUUUAAAUAAAUUAAAGAAUAGGAAUAUAUUGUGGAGUAUGCUGCCAACAGAGCACUCAUUGACACAGUGUUUUGUUUGUUUUAUUUUGGUUUUCAAAGAAAUCAGUGGCUCGUAGUCCUGUAUGAUAGCACCAAGCAGCUGCAUGGAAUUCCGGUACUUAAAGAAGAGGAAUUAUGUUUCAUAUACCUUUGCACAGAGCCAUUUGUCAGAAGAGUUUACCAAACAAACUCUGAGUUAAUGAACGGUAUCAUAUACCAAUGAAUAUUGAAUAAAAAAGGCCAGCAUGUCUGUUUAUAUUUCCAGUGAUUGUAUAUAUAUAUAACCACUUUAAUGCUGGUAAAAGUGCUGACUGGUCUUUAAAGGCUUGUUUGCCCUGUCAAGUUACACUUUUUGAGCAGAGCACAGUAAAAUGAAUGGAUUUCAGUCAUGUGCAACUGUGGAUCAGUCCUUUUGGAAUUGUCUGGUGACCAGGACAUCACUUUUAUGGACCACAUGGAUGUGGAUAUUUACAUUGGACAAAGGCAUUAAAAUACAUCAUAAAACUGAACCUAUAGAAGAAGCUGGACUAAACCUCUACAGAUACUUGUGUGCAUGAGGAUUCCCUGCAAACUGUUGGCUGUGCCUCUGUUCAUUUAAACAGGAAUAAAUUCACCAGAGCUUUUAUUGUCACUAGGUAUUUAGACAAAUGUAUAAUCACAUCCUGAUCACCACACCCAUAAUGUGGUAGCAAUAGGUUCCCUAAACACCAAGCUUUUUAGUAAAUCUCGACUUCUGCCAGCUCAUCCCACAUCUCCAACUAUAGGAGACACCGCUAACUGUUCUACAUGACCAUUCAAAAUUGAAGCGUCACUUCUAAGUUAUAGCAUCUUUUCAGAUUGCUCAUAUCCUUACAUAAAAAGGAAGUGAACUCUGUUCCAUCAUUAAUUGGUAAGAUAUUUAAAAGUACUAAAAUAUCAGUAGAUAUUUUAUGAAAAGAACUUUUCAUGGCCAGUGUAAAAAACGUAUACACAGUACAUUUCAAGGUGUCUUCUUUUCUAAGGAUACCAAUCACAUGAGCAAAACGUUAUAUAGAUAAUUCUAUAUAGUUUUGCUGCACUUGUGUGGAUAACAUUUCUGAAAAAGUUACACAUAAUUUUAACCAAUAAAAACCAUAUCUAAGCUUUUGAACACUUCUUUAGUUUUUGAUGUAAUCAGCAUUCACCUGUCAAUAGAUUUUAAAGGGAAGUCCAAACUAUUUUUCAUACAGUUAUUUUAGUCCUAUAAUGAAAGAAGAAUAUAGCAUUUGUUGUCUGUUUUAAUGUGACAAGUUUCUAUUCUGUUAUUUCUGUUUUCUUUUUGUAUUUAUUUAUUUGUGUCAUUUUCUCACAAUGUUCAAAUAUAUGACAAAAUAUAAAAAAUGCAGUCAAUUUAAUUUAGAGUUGUCAUUUAAUAGUUUUUUUUUUCAGAGUUUCUGUUGUUCUUUGUUUUAGAGACAAAAGUUUCAUUCAAUUUGAUUGUUUGCACAUUUUGAACUUUAUCCUUGAGAAAGGACUGACAUGAAAUAUUGUGUGGGGCGAACACGAUAAUAUGCAUUUUUUUAUUGUAUCGAUUUUUUUAAGUUUGAACAUAUAAGUUAUUUUAUUUUGUGGGUAACUUAAUAUUUGUAAAACAAUAAAGACCUUCAUUAUAA